AAUUUCCAUGCUGAAUCAUCCAUGAAAGAUGAACCAUUUGAGUGGCCCAGUUGGCAAGUGAGAAGAGUGAUGUGAAGAUAAUCCGUAAGCCUGCACUGUGACACAAUCAUUAAUGUCAACAUUCCUUGCCUGGUUUGGAUGAUGCAGCUCCCCUCUUUUUUUGGCGCAUGAUCGCUUCUCCUUCGGCUAUAAAGAUGAGACCCUUUGCGCUCCAAAGCACUCACCCCAACACCGGUUCCUGUUCUUCUCCCCAUAACCAACCAACGUCCCUCAUACUUUGAAAGGGGCACAGAGAAGGACUCUUCCUUAUACAUUCAAUUGGGGUUGUGUGGGUUCUUGCUGUUUUUUCUACUUUUUGAGGUGAAUCUUGGUGAAUUCUUUUGCUUCUUGGAGAUGGGUACCGAGAGUCUCGCAAUCUUGCACACCAAUGGGUUCUCCAAGACUCGCAAUGAGGGUGAGAGAAAUGUGGAGGACAGUCCGGCCGAUGGUUGCAUUUGGUUUGAGGAGCAGAUAGAUGAUGAUCUCAAAUGGUCAUUUACUUUGGAGAGAGUGCUAGAUAGAGGGACAAGCGCUUAUCAGCAGAUAGCUCUCCUCGACACCAAGCGAUUUGGGAAGGUCUUGUUGAUAGAUGGGAAAAUGCAGAGCGCCGAAAAGGACGAGUUCAUAUACCACGAAUGCUUGAUUCACCCUCCUCUGUUAUGUCAUCCAAACCCGAAAACUGUGUUCAUAAUGGGAGGUGGCGAGGGUUCGGCUGCAAGAGAAGCACUUAAGCACUUGUCAAUUGAAGAAGUGGUCAUGUGUGAUAUCGACCAGGAAGUGGUCGAUUUUUGCAAGAAACAUCUGACUGAAAAUCAUGAGGCCUUUUCUAGCAAGAAGCUGAAAUUAGUCAUAAAUGACGCAAAGGCCGAGCUGGAGAAUAGGAAAAGUAAGUUUGACAUUAUAGUUGGAGAUCUAGCUGAUCCAGUUGAAGGAGGACCGUGCUAUCAGCUCUACACCAAGUCAUUCUAUGAGAAGAUUAUCAAGCCUAAGCUUAACAAGAAUGGUAUAUUUGUCACUCAGGCAGGACCAGCAGGCAUUUUCACCCACAAGGAGGUCUUCUCAUCAAUAUACAAUACAAUUAAGCAAGUUUUCAAAUAUGUCAUUCCUUAUACGGCCCACGUGCCAUCUUUUGCUGAUACAUGGGGAUGGGUCAUGGCCUCCGAUGAACCGUUCUCUGUGGAUGCCAAGGAAAUUGAUAGGAGAAUAGAAAAGAGAAUCGAUGGGGAUUUGCUCUAUCUCAAUGGUGCCUCGUUCCUUUCUUCAGCCACCCUGAACAAGAUGGUUUUGACCACACUUUUGAAGGAAACCCACGUCUACACGGAAGAAGAUGCGAGAUUUAUACAUGGACAUGGUGUGGCUUACCGCCGCUGAGGGCUCGAGCCUCGGUUUGAUGGGAAUGGCUGUACAGGAAAGGGAGAUCUUGAGUUGCUGUGAAAAAGAUUUAACAUAAAUCUUAUUAGACGGAAGAAAUCCAUCAAGCAAUUGUUAGAAGAAGCGACGACAGUUGUUUGAAUCUGUCUCUUUUGUCCUUCCCACUUAUGUCGGCUCGAUUCAACUGUUUACAGAAAUCAAAAUCAAUGCUGAACUGAAUGACAGCUUUUUCCCUUUGAUCCA